AUUUGCCUUUCGCUGCUGAGCUAAUCUCGUAAUUUCAUUGAUAUUUUCUCUUAUUUUGCAUUAUUUCUUCGUAUUAUUAUAAUAUUGGUUGGGAUGGAAUCAAUUUGUUUGAAUUCCUCAGUGACAUCAGUUUGUGAAAAGAAUCGUUUUCUGCAAUUUUGGAAGGAAUGGCAUUAGAACAUUCUGAAGUGGGUGAAUAUUCUUGCAUUUACACAAAUCAUUUCCAGAAGAGCUGCAUAUCAUGAGUUUUCCAGAAUGGCAGGAAGCGCCUAAUAAAAGGCUCUCGGUCUCUACAAUAUUUGAGUUUUAGCAACCUGCAGAUGCCUGGAUGAUACCCCUACUUACUAUAGACUGUGUGUUCUCAAAUUUGGAUCUCGCAUCAAAUAGUCUUCAACAUGUGGUGGAUCAUUCUGAUUACGUUGUCGUUAGUUUUGAUUCAUUAUCUGAUGACAAAAAAUUUUGAUUAUUGGAGAAAUAGAUCCGUACCUGGACCUCAUCCAUGGCCUCUAGUAGGAAAUAUUGGACCGAGCUUUAUUGGGAGACGAUCUACAGGAGAAAUAAUCAAAGAAAUAUACAGGAAAUAUGAGGGGUUCCCGUUUGUAGGAAUAUUUCGAGCUACUACUCCUGUCCUGCUCGUUAGAGAUCCUGAUUUCGUGAAGAAAAUCAUAGUCAGAGACUUCAAGCACUUUCAGGAUAAUGACGUAGAGGUCGACAAAGAUGUUGAUCCAGUAUAUGCGGGGACGCCAUUCAUAUUGAAAGGAGGAAGUGAAUGGAAGACCGCACGAUCACAACUCAGUGCUUGUUUUACUCCAGGGAAGGUGCAAUCAAUGUUUCCCAUAAUGCAGAAAUCUAGUGAGAGAAUGGUGCGAUACAUUGGAAACGAAAUCUCAAUAUCCCCGCAGAUGGAAAGUUGGGACCUUUGUGGCAGAUACACAUUGAACAACGUUGCCACUUGUGCGUUCGAUAUCGAAGGAAAAUGUUUCGAUGAACCUCAUCCCAGUUUUAAACAGUUUGCAGAUGAGUUUCUCGGUUAUGAUCACUUUUGGUCUACGAUCAAAAAUUCCAUACUUCUUCUCAUCCCAUCUUCGACAAAUUUCUUCAAAAUUAAAAUAAUACAAGAUCAGAUAGCACAAAAAAUAUUAGACUAUAUAACAACUGCUUGGAAACAUAGAAAAGAAAACGGUGUAGUUAUGAAUGAUUUUAUUGACUACCUUUACACCCUUAAGAGCGGCCCAAUCCCGUUUACAGAUUUGGAUGCGACGUCACGUGCAUCUGUUUUUCUCGAGGAUGGUUAUGACACAAGUUCUAGGACUAUGAGUUUCUUUCUGUUCGAGUUAGCAAAUAAUACAAUUGUACAGGAAACUCUGAGGCAAGAGAUAAUGGAAUCAUACAGAGAAAAUAAUAACUCUUUUACUUAUGAAUCAAUCUUGAAAAUGUCAUACUUGGAAGCAUGUUUGAAUGAAAGUAUGCGAAAAAACUCCAUAAAUGGUCAGCUCAGGAGAGUUUGUACAGAGAAAUACACUUAUACGCCAACCAAUCCAGAAUUCGCGAAAAUAUCAAUCACUGUGGAACCUGGAACAUCCAUCAUAGUACCUGUCGGAGCGAUGCAGAGUGAUCCAAAUUAUUUCGAAUCACCGGAUGAGUUCAAACCCGAGAGAUUCUUUGAUAUGGACAAAAUUCCUAAAUAUUCCUUCAUGCCAUUUGGCGAAGGGCCACGAUUAUGUAUCGGUAAAAGUUUCGGAAAAAUGCAAAUCAAAGUUGGCAUUGUGCACUUGUUGAAGAAUUAUAGAGUGACGGUGAAUCAGAAAAUGCAAUUUCCUCUGAAAUAUAACCCUUGGUACGGACUUUUAGAUGUUAUUGGAGGCAUGCAGAUCGACCUACAUAAAAUUGAAUAAAAAUGUCAGCAUUAUAAUCAAAAUGAAUUAUCUAUACCGGGUUACACAGGGUAUCGGACCACCCCUGUGAUUUCUGCAUUCGUAAGCAGAUUUUUCUGGAAUUUGGUACUGUUAUUUAAGCAACAAUUUCGGAUUUGAUGACAUUACAAUUCAAAAUGGCGAUUUUCCGGUUUCUCUGGAAAUGCCAGCAACUCUGUUUUUUCAAAUGAAAUAUCCUGUAUACAUACAAAUACGUAAUGGUUCCUUAUAUAACUGUUCCAAAUUCAGUUAAUAUAAGAGACGUGGCCCGCUACCCUGCUGUGUUACCCAGUAUAUCAAAUACCUUCAAGUUUUCUAUAUGUAGUGUUCAGUUCUAAUAAAAAAUAAUGGUGAUGGAAAAUGGAA